GUGAGACAUCGCUGCCUGCGAAGGCUUAUUUAUCAUGGUUUUGUAACCUCAUGGUCUGAAUGUCUCUCAUUUUUCUAUUUCCCAGUAAACAAGAUAUUAAGAUGAUGUUUUCCCUCUGAGGGUGUUCUGAAAGCUAAUGGGGAUGGCGGGGCAAUGGCUAAUGAUCCACAGCUACUGUUGCCUGCUACUUGCAGGAUGUUCUGUUGGGCCAACAGGUGACUCCAGCAGGAAUUCUGAAGAGCCAUAAUGAUGUGACAGUGAAUAAUGAGUAGUACCUACUGUGGCAACUCCUCAGCUAAGAUGAGCGUCAAUGAAGUAUCAGCUUUUUCGUUGACUCUGGAACAAAAAACUGGCUUUGCUUUUGUUGGGAUUUUGUGUAUCUUCUUAGGACUUCUUAUUAUUAGAUGCUUCAAAAUCCUGUUAGACCCGUACAGUAGCAUGCCUUCCUCUACAUGGGAAGAUGAAGUUGAAGAAUUUGAUAAAGGGACAUUUGAAUAUGCACUUGCGUGAGAGUUCCACCUUUAUGGUUUUUUAGAGUUAUGCCACUGGGACCCAUGGAAGAUACAAUUGUAAUCUCCUCAAGCAUGCUGGAAGAGGCUCAUUUCAUCCACUAAAUUCAAUAAACAUGUAUGGUUGGCCAAGUCAUCUAAUCUCUAUGGACUUCAGUGAGGAAGCUAACCAGAGGAUUUUUAAUGUCCCUUUCAAUUCUAGUGCCCUAUGAACUCUGUGAACGUAUCGGGAAACCCAGAGAUCUGAGAUGAAUGAGGAUUUAGGAUGUUACGAAAAUUUUUUCAGUUUAGGAGUCUCAAUUCUGUGGUUUGAAUUCUAAUGUUGACUUAGCCAAGAAGCUUUAUGACCUAUAAAGCUGUCUAAGAGGAACCUUUCCAUAUCUACAAAAACAAGGAUAAAGAAACCUAUCCUGCAUAUCUUGCAGAAUGUUGAGAGGACCAAGUGAUGUAAGAUGAAUGUGAAAGCAAUAUGAAAACCAUAAAACAUUGUUGAAACAUA